GCUGACGUCAGUCACGUGGGAUGAGUCACGUGGUCACCAGGAAGCUGCGGUCUGUUUACCUUAAGUGUCAUCCAAAAACCCUGCGACCAAGAGCCCCCCCACCCCCUUUCAUCCGCGCGAUGAGUCCCGACACGCCGGCCUCCUCCACGAACCCGCUCGCUGGCUGACAUCCGAUGUCCUCCUCCACCUUCCCCGUGUGAGCCACACCACCAUGGCGUCUUCGAGCUACACCUGCAUCCACGACGGGGCCACAGAGAAGGACAGGCUCCUCUCCUCCGUGGCCAACUACGGGAGCCCUCGUCCCAAUGCCCCGGUGGGCUCUGAGGCCCCUCGCAAGCAGCAGCAGCAGCAGCAGCAGGAGGAGGAGGAGGAGGUGCUGAGGAGGAAGCUUAAAUACUUCUUCAUGAGCCCUUGUGACAAGUAUCACGCCAAAGGACGCAAGCCUUUCAAACUGGGCCUGCAGCUGCUCAAGAUCGUCAUCGUGACCGUGCAGUUGGUGCUGUUCGGGCUGAGCAACCAGAUGGUGGUGACGUUCAAAGAGGAGAACACGGCUACGUUCAAGCACCUUUUCCUUGAGGGCUACGAGGACGGCGCCCCGCAGGCCGUCCACACGCGGGACGAGGUGUACAGCCGCGUCCACUUCGCCAUAAAGCAGUACAUGGCACUACCUCAGAUGUCGUUGGGGCAGUAUGCGUACGUGUUGGGCGUCGGCGUAGACGGGAGUGCGCUCUCCCUCUGCCAGAGGUACUACAGGCGGGGCACCAUCGACCCCGUCAACGACACCUUUGACAUCGACCCCCAUGUAGACACGGAAUGUAUUGGACUGAAUCCACUGACUUCCAGUCUGGCUCCAGCAAACAGUGACUACAAGAAUUUCACUCUCCAGUUUUACAAGCUGAUCAACGUCACCAUUGACUUUCAGCUGAAGGCCAUCAACAUUCAGACGAUUAUAAACAAUGAAAUCCCCGACUGCUACACUUUUGCGAUCACGAUCGUCAUGGAUAACCGGGCGCACAGCGGCAAAGUGAAGAUCAGUCUGCAGAACCAGGCCUCCAUACAGGAGUGCAAAGACCCCAACGUGUCCGGACACGCCGACAGCUACGCCCGGGAGUUCCUGGACGUGCUGGUGGCGUUCGUCUGCCUGCUGUCCCUGCUGCUGUGCGGCCGCUCCAUCCUCAGAGGAAUCGUCCUGCAACAUGAGUACGUGCAGUUCUUCAAACGCGGCCUGGGGCGCAGCGUGAGCUGGGGGGAGCGCAUGGAGUUCAUCAACGGCUGGUACAUCCUGCUCAUCGUCAGCGACAUGUUCACCAUCAUCGGCAGCUUCAUCAAAAUCGAGAUCGAGUCCAAGAAUUUGUCGUCGUACGACAUGUGCGGGAUCCUGCUGGGAACCUCCACUCUGCUGGUGUGGGUGGGAGUCAUCCGCUACCUCAGCUUCUUUCAGAAAUACAAUAUCCUGAUCGUGACCCUCAGAGCGGCGUUUCCCAACGUGAUCCGCUUCUGCUGCUGCGCCGCCGCCAUCUACAUGGGGUACUGCUUCUGUGGCUGGAUCGUGCUGGGGCCGUAUCACACCAAGUUCCGCUCCCUCUCCACGGUGUCGGAGUGCCUGUUUUCCCUGAUCAACGGGGACGACAUGUUCGUGACGUUCCACGAGAUGGAGAAGAGCGGCGCUCUGGUGUGGAUCUUCAGCCAGGUCUACCUUUACACCUUCAUCUCCCUCUUCAUCUACAUGGUGCUGUCCCUCUUCAUCGCGCUCAUCACCGGCGCCUACGACACCAUCAUGGCUCAGACGCAGGAGACGGUGCGAGUCAGCGAUCUGCACGAGUUCAUCGCCGAGUGCACGGACACGCCCAGCUCCGGCAAGUUCCGCGGGCCAGAGGGGUCGCCGUGCUCCUUCCUCUGCUGCUGCAACUGGUGAGGAGGCCGAGGAGGACGCACAGAGGGAGCAAGCGGUGUAUGACUGUGUGUGUGUGUGUGUGUGUGUCACUAUAUUCCCCUUCUCCACAAACCGCCAGCCCUGGACCACGUCGUCCUCGAUUUGAAAUGUGCAUUGGGAUUGGUGCCCCAUUACCUGCUUGGGCUCUUUGCACUGUCUGAAUAAUUCAGUGUCUCUUUCUGACAUGUCAGCUUGUUGAGGCUUUGAUGACCAGCAGCUGCAUAAUGCCAGUAAAUGUAGUCAUCACUGUAGACUGGACAUCUAAGUCCGAUGGCUCUCCAUUUUCUCUUGACUGGAUGCUCUUUUUAGUGUCCACAUGGCUGCUUAGCUUGGCCCUCCAGGAUUUUUAUUGUUUUGCCUCUCGAUUAUGUAAAUGUAUUUCCUCUGACUGAAUAUAGUAGAGGUGCAAUGGACUCAAGAGGGACCAUUAAGUUAGAAUUGGCUCGUCUAACGUUUUCACUCCUGCUCCAAUCCCCGUCUGCAUUCUUUUUGUACAAGAAAGGACGAGCCCUGCAGCCACGCGGUUACUCAUGAACGUGUACGGAGGGUUUCUGCUGUGACUAAUGCGCCGCGAGACGCAGCUUUCCUGCUGUCUGGCCCGCAGUGUGCCGCGCUGCACGACUUGUAUGGAGUGUCCGGUCCCCCUUCCAGUGUCCCCUGGGCGUCCGAGUCAUGUACGACAGUCAACGGCGAAUAUUUUAGGAGCCAAGUUUGAAUGAGAUAAAAAUGUAAUUCAGCAUGUUAAGAGAGUUGAAGCUAUUCGUAGACGUGUCGUGGCGUCGUUGAGUUUUUAACCACUGUUAGCUAGGUAGCUAGGUAAAUUAGCUAUAUCGACGCACAAAUGGAGCGUUAUUUGCUCUGAGAGUUGUUGGUAUGUUGUACAAUGUGUGUGAAAUGUGACUCGUUGUAACUGCCGUUUGGACGUCCUGGUCCAAAACACACUAGCGCCUUAAUUUCAUUGAGACACGUCACUUAGGCCCCUUUUUAGAUGUGCACUCUUUCAUGUUUCAUAUUUCCCAGUUUUAUGAACAAAUCCAAGACUUCUCUUUUUAAACUGACAAACGUCCCGUGCUGGUCCCCCCCCCCCCCCCCCCCCCCCCCGCCCACCCCUCGAUGGAGGCGCCACUUUGCCUCCAUCGAUCGGUUUCAACGCGACCGCUUUGCUGUUGGCACCAGCUUGGGUCCAAGGGGUUCCAGUUUGAAGGCUCUCAGCCAAAUUUUAUAAAAGAUGUAUGAAUUUUAAACCUGUUUUAUGAUACUUGAUGUUAAUUAUUAGCCGUUGUCACAGCCGUUAGCUUAAAACACUCUUGGAUACGGCGCAGUCAUUGAAUCUUCUUCAGGUGUCUGGUCCGUUUAAACCAGCUGGUUUAUUAAAUCAAUUAAAGUAGCUGUAAAUAAGUUAUAAUAUAGUGUAAACACACAAAAUAACGUAAAUCCCUCUAGAGAUAGCAUGUUUGGCUACUAUGCUAAGCUAGUUUGAGCAAGUGCGCUGGAAGGCAGUCACUGCAGUUUGUUCUUUGCCUUCCUGCUGUACUUUUAUUUAUGUUGUUGUUUCUUGUGAAGUUACACAAGUGUACGAACAUUUUAUGUAAAGAUGAAAAAGUCGGAUUCCAGUUUUGCCGUUCUAUACAAACAUCUGAUUCAGCCUCAUAGGGUAUUACGUACGUAUUUGAUAGAAUGUGUGAUUGCACUGAUAUAGACGGCGUGUUGGAGAGGACUG